CAGGGCUGGCUUCCUUUUAAUAGUCUGAGUUAUGUCGCAUCGUAACUCAAAGCAAAAUGGUCAAAGCUUGAUGUCCCAACCUCCGUUAGCAUUCCGGCAGGUGCAUGAUAGUGAUUCGGAGCGAACUACCUCGGCAUCGCCUACUUCAAAUGCAGCUGAUUUGGAAGGAGGAUCACCUACCCCAAGUAUCACAACAACACCUCCAACACACAGUCCGGAUCCAAAUGGCCAAAGGAUCUUCAUUCGUCCCAAUGGCAUUAAAGCGUUUGAACCUUUCGAUGCCCAUUGGAAAAUCAUAGAAAGCAUUACUCGGUACUUCCCCGAGGCUGUCAAGACCUAUAACAGUGCGCCUCAAAGUAUGAAAGAUAUAUGGUUUAAUGAAUUUAAGAAAGCAUGUAAGUGGAAUCCAGAAGAUGAAGCAGCCAUCCGACAUAUAUAUAAUAAAAAAGCUGCUAGAAGACUUUCUGACACAUUGGGACAUGUGCGCUCUAACUUGGCAAAAGGUAAAUCACCACCGCAAUGGAUGUCUCCUCCAGUUCUAACUCAGUAUCACAGUAUUUGGAAUAAUGAAGAAUUCAAAAAGACAUCCGAGAAGAACAAAAAUAAUAGAAAUUCAGAUUGUGGGAGAAUGGGACCGUCGCUGCACACUGGAGGUUCAAUUCCGAUUACUGAGCAUAGGAAAAGAUUAAAAGAAAAGCUUGGAGAGGAUCCCUCACUUGCAGUUUUGUUUCAAGCUACACACAAACGCAAAAAGACCGAUGAGUUUGUGUGCAAAAAAGCUCAAAAAGUCAUGGAAACUAUAAUUCAAAUGCAACAAACUGAACCUGAACUUGAUCAAGCAACUGCUUGGUAUGAAGCGACAGGUGGUGUCAAGAAAGGAGGUUAUGUGUUUGGGUUUGGAUCAGAUACCCAACACUACUUUCCCGAGGUGGCGAGACGGAAAAAGUCUAGAAAUGGAGAAUCAUCCUCACAUGUAGCUUGUGACGAAAAAUUUGAACAAUUAGAUCAAACUAACAAGGAGAUUCUAGAGAAUCAAAAGAAGAUUAUGGGGUUGUUACAAGGUAUAUAUAGUGCACAUCCUGAGUUGGUAGAAUCUGUUGCUCCUACAGCCGAUAGCAAUCAAAGUGGUGAUGUUGGGCUGGAUAACGUUGCUCCUAUGGCCGAUAGCAAUCAAAGUGGUGAUGUUGGGCAGGAUAAUCUUAGCAUGGAUGAUGAUACACAAUCUCCAACAUAAUCUUGUGAUG